AUGGAGUCUGGCGAGCUCACAACGCCACUAGACGAAGAACCUUUCAGGAAAACCCUCGCAACUGAAGAGCAUCUUAGUUUCAAGCCUGUUGGAACAUCAGUAAGUCAAAUCCCGUCUUGGUCGAGCUCAACAGAAUCCUCGCUAUCCGGUGAAGCUGGUCGUGCAGGAACACUUGAAACAGUGGAGCCGAACGGAAUGGGGUUCCGUGAGUUCUUUCACCAGUCCACUGUAGAAACACCACAUCAAUUUUCAGCGAUAGACUCGUCAGGAGAGGCUUUUGCUACGGCAGAACCGAAAACAACCGAGGGAGGCGCGUCUGAAAUGUCCACUGCUACAGAUUUAAGCGCCUCUGAGGGCUUCUCGACGCUCUCAGAAGAGCCCUCUACCGCGCAGCAUUUUUCUACCGACUUUGCAGAGGGCACACACUUUUCCACGCUUGAGGAAAUGACUUCAACUCAAUCAGUUAUCGAUACCUCGGGAAGCAUUGAUACGAUCACCAUGCCAUCCUCAUCUGUAUCGCCUGUCUCCGAUUUACAGUCCAUCUAUACGAUAGGUAGCUUGAAUUCGGCCAUUCCAGAACGUCCAGGCGAAGAUAUUUCUAGUACUGUUGCUGAAGCUGCGACUUUCGCUUCAAAUUUAGAUGAACAGGUGCUGACAGAAAAAGUCGAACAGGGUUGGAUGACGAGUGUAACUGAAGCUGGAACUGCAACUGAAACAGUGGAAUCAAUCAGCACCAAAUCAUUCGACGAAACCACCACCGCAACCACCACCACGUGGGCUCCGGAGCCCGCAGGGGCAUCCACAGGGUCCAGCGGGUCCACCGAAGUGUCCACAGAGUCCACAGAGUCGACAGGCUCCACAAGGUCCACAACCGAGGCGUCAGUGACGACAACCGAGUUGUCGUUGGCUGAGCCGGUGCACGAGAAGAGCGUAAAAUUACCCGAAAGUGUCUCUGUGGUAGAACCCUCAUCGGACAAUGAGGAUGGCCGCGAGGAGGACGACGAGAACGCUUCAGAACGAGGCGAAAGCCCCACGGCUGAUGACUAUGACUUGUCCGAGACUACUACAACAUCUUCACCUGUAACAACACCAGCAGAUUUCGAGUCUUCAUCUACUACCCAGUCACCAGCACCUAAAAUUAUCGAUCUAGGUCCGGUGAGUAUCGACAUUAGCACUGGGGCGACCGAAGAAGGUGCAGAAGAAAAAGUGAAACUUCUGGGUACACAACAGGCGACAGCUCCACAAGGAACCGCCGUGACUAGUGACCUCUUUGAAGAUGGCUCAGAACUGAAAGAAACUUCCACGGCAGGGCACACCAUCGCAGAAGAGCAAACCACCGAGUCCACUCCAUCGAUGUCUGCACAUGAAAUUGAAGACGGAAAGAUUUCAGAAUCACCUGAAGAGGUGGUCACUUCAGGCACUUUAACUAGCUCCAGUGGCUUUGAUGAUGCUACAGCUGGAACACGACCGGAAACGACGGCUUUUGAGGGUUCUGCAGAGGAAACUGGCACAAAAAUCAUGAAAACAGGACUUGGAGGGAGUGCUUUCCACCAAUCAACCACCUCAGAAUCGCCUACGCUUUCAGCGUCAGACUCUUCCGGAGAGGCGGCUUUCGUUACGGAAAAACCGGAAACCACUGAAGUGGGCACUCUAGCUGGUUCCGGUGGCACUGAAGUGCAGGAGGUUGGCGAGAGUACAACGCUACCGUAUGAGGAGGAAGAGGCGUUCCGGAAAACCGUCUUGACACCCACUAAGCAUCUCAACAGCUUCCUAAGGCCUGCUGGGACUGGCCUAGUGGGCUCAUUGGCUCAGGUCCCGUCUUGGAACCAUUCAACAACACUUUUAACAACUCCAACUGAAGACGGCGAGGCUUCUGCUGCUGCCGCUGAAAUUUGGAGUACUACGCCUGAAUCGAAAUCAAUUUAUUCGGGAGAGUCAGCUGAAACCGGAACACCACUAGCAGCAGAGGAUGAGGAGGGCGAGAAGGAGAUCAACGAGGAGGCUUUCCGGAAAAUUUCUGCAACCCAGCAGCAUGCAGCCUCCAAAUCGUCUACUAUCGAAAACUCAUGGCCAGUUGAUCGCCAGUCAGCUGCUACUACAGAUUCCCCAGCAGGAGAUCUAUUAACAAGCUCCAGCUCAAGCUUAAUCUUAACCAAAACAACGGAAUCCGAGUCAGCCUCAUCAAGUAAGGCUGACGGGACGUUCGACGCCUUUCCCGUGUCGGAUCUAAUCGAGAAACUCAGCGAUACACUCCAAGAGGAAGCUCAACAGCUGGAGGGCAAUGGCAGCUCAUCGGAACCAUUUUCAAAAGUUAAUCUACAGUUCAAUGAAGGCCCACUGCAUAUCAACGAUACACGCGAUACACUCCAAGAGGAAGCUCAACAGCUGGAGGGCAAUGGCAGCUCACCGGAGCAUUUUUCAAAAGUUAAUCUACAAUUCAAUGAAGGCCCACUGCAUAUUAACGAUACACUGGCGAUCGGAAAUGGCUCGCUGAAGACAACUUUUUCGGAGCAGUUGAUUGGAGCCGGACCCACCACAGAACCACCCGUACAAGCGAUUUCUGAUCUGGUCAACGCACUAGCCGAAAAUACCCAUCUGGAUCAGCUGUUGGGCUUCGCGGCUAGCGCAGCUAAUAAGCUGAUGACGUGGGGCACUAAUGCAACAACAACAACCACAAACAAUACAAUGAAGACAACGACAACGACAACGGCAACUGCUCAUCAGCAUUCCAAUAGUCUGGCUUUCCAAUCGGAUUCGGAACCUCUGUCCAGACGUCUGGAUUCAGAAACAAACGAAAAAUUGCCCAGUGAAUCAGAAUCAGCUUCGCCGCCCUCUUCUACCGUGGAACCAACACUAGAAAUAUCCAAAUUCACAGCCACUCAAGAACAGGAGACCUCCUCAAAAAGCCCAUCUGGAACCGGAACCGGAGCCGGAACGUCUUCAGACACUUCAGGUACUCCAAUGGAGACCCUGGAAUCGGCGGUAGAACAAGAAAUUAGCAACACUACAACGGAGCUCGAAGAGGAAGCCAUUAAAAUCAUCGAUUCAGUCAAACACCAUUUCGGUUUAAUGCUGCCUGCAGGAACGUCACGAAAUCCGCCAUCCACUUCAGAGACCACUUCAGCCGAACCUUCGAAAUUUGAGACCGCAGACAACGAUACGGACGGAAUGAAGGUGACAUCAUCAACAGCAAUUCAAUCAGAUCAAUCAGAUACCGCAGAAAAUUCGAUUGAUCUGACAACACCGUCUACUGAUCGUAUUGGAUCCGGAAAAUCGGAUCAUCUGGGAUCA